AUGGGAACUCCUAGAGGUUUGAAUCUUUGGGUUCACUUUAAGGACACUCGUGAAACUGCCCAGGCCAUAAGGGUAGGCAUAUCUGAAAAGCUGCCAUAUCUGAAAGACAUCACUUUAGGAAAGUGGCGUGAACCACUCCGUCGUUACAAUGGCGGAGCUGGUGGCCACGACCAGGCCGAGCAGUGCGGCUGGACACACUGGUCAAUGGUCAAUGGUCCAGAGAGCGCUGAAUGUUCAGUGCACCUGCUCAAAGGUGCUUAGAGUAAUGCUGAACUUAAGGGCUGAGAUGUAGAUUCUGUGGUCAUGGAGCACAUCCGGGUGAACAAAGCUCCCAGGAAGCAGCCCAGGACUUACAGAGCUCAUGGUCACGGUCAGAUCAACCCUUACAUGAGUUCUCCCUGCCACAUUGAGAUGUUCCUCACUGGAACAGGACAGUUUGUUCCUAAAUCAGAAGAGGAGGUUGCGCAGAGAAAAAAGAUAUUCUGGGAGAAGAUGCAGAAACAAAAACUCAUGACCCAGGAGUAA